GUUAACCUAUCGUAGCAGGCGUAGAACGACCAGACUUGUGUUAACCUAUCGUAGCAGGCAUAGAACGACCAGACUUGUGUUAACCUAUCGUAGCAGGCGUAGAACGACCAGACUUGUGUUAACCUAUCGUAGCAGGCAUAGAACAACCAGGCUUGUGUUAACCUAUCGUAGCAGGCAUAGAACAACCAGGCUUGUGUUAACCUAUCGUAGCAGCCGUAGAACGACCAGGCUUGUGUUAACCUAUCGUAGCAGCCGUAGAAAACCCAGGCUUGUGUGGGCGUAGACAACUUUAUCGGUUAAAGGGGUGUGGUCGUCAAACAGCUGACGCUUCACGCUCAGAGGAAUGGCAACUGCUUAUACAUGAGAUGAUCGCGCGCACACAGGCUGCUUGACCUAACUUGACAGCUGAUGACAUCAUUUUUUAUAACUUUUUUGCACUAGAUGGAAUGGUCACAAACACGUCACCAACACGGACAGUUGUGCGUGAAUACAUUGGACGUGUAUGGAAAUAGAAAAAGUGAUAAAAUAAAUAAACUGGAAUAUUUUUGAGAAUGCAUAUUUGAAAUAAGUGAGACAGGAUAUGAAUGUUUGUUUCUUUCUCUCUCUCUAUCAAUUAAUGUACUAGUUUAGGCUAGAAUAUGUGGAGGAUUACCUUAUUUGGCAUACAGACAACUUCAGGUAAUGGGGAAAAGGGAGCUGCUGGAAAGUGGACCCAUAUGGAACGAGAAAAAGAUAGACACUGACUUGGACUCAGAGUGAUGUAAAGUAGUUAAGUAAAAAUACGUGAAAGUACUACUUAAUUCGUUUUUGUGGGGUAUCUGUACUUUACUUUUUAUAUAUAUAUUUUAUCCUGACACCCUAAUUUACUCGUUACAUUUUGAAUGCUUAGCAAGACAGGAAAAUAGCCUAAUUCACACACUUAUCAAGAGAACUUCCCUGGUCAUCCCUACUGUCUCUGAUCUGGCAGACUCACUAAACACAUGCUUCGUUUGUAAAUUAAGUCCGUGUUGGAGCAUGCCCCUGGCUAUCCGUAUGUAUUAUGCCAUCUAGUUUGCUUUAUAUAAGGAAUCUGAAAUUAUUUAUACUUUUACGUUUGAUACUUAAGUAUUUUUUACCAAUACCAUUUACUUUUGAUACUUAAAUCUUUUUUAAACCAAAUACUUUUAGACUUUUACUCAAGUAGUAUUGUACUGGGUGACUUUCACUUGCACUUGAGUAAUUUUCUAUUAUGGUAUCUUUAACUCAAGUAUGACAAUUGGGUAAUUUUUUAACCACUGCUUGGAAAAUUUGUUUCUUUAUGUAAUUUUCCAUGACAUUUUUCUAUGUGAAUAACUAUGUGGUGUAGUUGGCCUUCAUUUGAUCGGUUAAAGGGGUGUGGUCGUCAAACAGCUGACGGGCAGAAGAAGCUUCACGCGCAGAUAAACGGCAACGACUUUUAGAAAAGUUGAGCACGCACACAGACCGCAGGCUGUUUGACCUCAUUUGACAGUUAGUUAAUGACUUUGCGCUGACAGCACUUUUUAGAAGUUCUCCUUUUUAGCGCCAGAUGGAAUGAAGGUUAGGUAACUGGUGAAGAGCCACCAAUACGCACAGUCGUGCGUGGAUUCAUUGGACUUGUAUAGAAAUAGAAAAACAGAGAAAAUACAAAAUAACUUCCGGACUAUUUUUGAGUGCAUAUUUUGAAUAAGUGGAGACGGGAUGUAAAUGUUUUUUCUCUAUCAAUUGACUUGUCUGUGUGACAAAUAAGACAGUUUACAACUUCAGUAACGGGAAAAGAGAGCUGCGAAAAGUGGACCCAUAUGGAAUAAAAACAACUGAAAAAAGAGACACUGGCUUUUGGAAUAUUUUUUUCUGCAUGUCAUUUUUCAUAAAACAUUUCUAUGUGGACAAUAAUGUGGUGUAACUAGACGUGAUUGUUUUCUACCAACUCAUAGUCCAACCAUGCAGCAACAACGCUUGCUCAAGGUCCUGGUCAUCGGUGACUUGGGUGUCGGCAAGACGUCUAUAAUCAAGCGUUAUGUCCAUCAGAUAUUCUCUCAACAUUACCGGGCCACCAUAGGAGUAGACUUCGCUCUCAAAAUCCUCAAUUGGGAUCACAAGACGGUGGUGCGUCUGCAGUUGUGGGACAUAGCCGGCCAGGAGCGCUAUGGCAACAUGACGCGAGUGUACUACCGUGAGGCUGUGGGUGCGUUGGUGGUGUUUGACAUGACCCGAGCCUCUACCUUCCAGGCUGUCCUCAAGUGGAAGAGCGAUCUCGACUCCAAGGUUGCUCUGGGCAACGGGAGGCCAAUUCCGGCCGUCCUAUUGGGUAAUAAGUGUGACCAACUGAGCACUGGUCUCUGCUCCAAACUGCCCAAACUGGAGAACUUCACCAGAGACCACGGCUUUGUGGGGUGGUACGAGACCUCAGCCAAGGACAACACCAACAUCGAUGCGGCCAUCAUGUGUUUGGUAGAGAGCAUCAUGGCGGUAGAGGAGGAGAGGUCGUCAGGUGGAGAUACUAGAGACCCCAGUGUCCUGCUCCUACCACGCUUUGACUACAAUAUGAAAGAGAGGACAGGGGGGCCAGGGUGUGAUGGGUGUAAUAAAAAGAUUACUCUGCCGGGACGGAGAGAGAUGGGGGAUAUCUGA